AUGUUUGCCAACGGUUUCCUCUCCUGGUUCUCCAAGGAGUCCACUGUCAACACCACCUCAGAUGCUACCAGCAUCGAGAACCACCAGCCUACCAGCCCAAAGACACCCUCAACCGACCGCAUGGUGACCGAGCAGCCUAACUCCCAGGAGAACAUGCUGAAGCUGCGUGGUGGCGGUGCCGGCGAUAUCUGCUGCGGCAUUUGCGCUGGUAUUCUCUGCUUCGAGUGCUGUGAGUGCUGCGAGACUUUCUGCUAG